UAGACUAUUCUGAAAAGGUGAUUUUGAGUCUGGAUUUGAAUGUGGGGAGAGAAUCACUGUUCCGGAUGGAUGGUGGGAGGGAGUUCCAGAGCUGAGGAGCAGAGCGGCUGCAGGCUCGGCCUCCCAUGGUACUGAGGCGGACAGGGGGCACAGUGAGCUGGAUGGAAGAGGAGGACCUGAGGGAACGGGCUGGAGUGGUGACAUGAAGGAGGUCUGGCACGUACUGAGGAGCAAGACUGUGGAUGGAUUUAAACGUGUACAGGAGGAGUUUGAAUUCAAACAUUCAACAUUGAAUUCAUACUUUUACUUAAGUAAGGUUUAAAUGCAGGAGUUUUACUUGUAGCAGAGUACUUUUACACUGUGUUAUUGCAAUGUUUAUUCAAGUAAAGGAUCACUUCAUAUUUCCUAUAUCUUCAUCAUUAUGUUUUUGGGAAAAGUAAUGUAUUUUUGUCAGCAGAGCGGUUUGGAUUAAAUACAGUAGGAAUUUCUCUCAGGCAGCAGAUCUACUUGAACGCCCCUUCCUAGCAUGUAUCACAUGCUGUGGUGGUUUCUCUGAGUAGAAGGUGACUCAUUCAUUCAGAUCGCACACCCAUUACAGUGAGAGACAGGGAGAGAGACGAACAAGCACCUAACAAGUGCCAAACUUGAGGCCACCCUCUCUCCUCCUCUCUCCUCCUCCUCGCUCAUUCUUUCCUAUAUGGGCACUGGGAUGGAUCUGUAGACAGUAACAGACUGAACAGAGCUGAGAUCUCAGAGCACCACUCGGAUCACUGACGGUUACGCAGAAAACUAACCAACAAGUCAUCACAUACUGAGAGCUUCCCAAAGAUAAGUACAAUGGCGACACCCAAAAACACUCCUAAAGGUGCAAACACCCCACUGUCCCCCAACCGCAUCACCCGGCUCCAGGAGAAGGAGGACCUGUCGAACCUCAACGACCGCCUGGCCGUCUACAUCGACAAGGUCCGCUCCCUGGAGGCCGAGAACGCAGGUCUACGUCUGCGCAUCACAGAGUCUGAGACGGAGGUGAGCCGGGAGCUGACAGGCCUGAAGGCGGCCUACGAGUCUGAGCUGGCAGACGCCCGUCAGACUCUGGACUCUGUGGCCAAAGAACGAGCCCGUCUGCAGCUGGAACUGGGCAAAUUGAGAGAGGACUACAAGGAGCUGAAAGCCAGAAACACCAAAAAAGAGUCGGAUUUGGCGGCGGCGCUGCUGAGGCUCAAAGACCUGGAGGCUCUGCUGAACUCCAAGGAUGCCUCCUUGACUACGGCUCUGGGAGAGAAGCGUAACCUGGAGGUGGAGAACAGGGACCUGAAGACGCAGGUUGCCAAGUUGGACACCAGUUUGAGCGAUGCCCGAAAGCAGCUGCAGGAUGAGAUGCUGAGGAGAGUGGACGGUGAAAAUCGCAUCCAGACCCUUAAAGAAGAGCUGGACUUUCAGAAGAACCUCCAUUCUGAGGAGCUACGUGAGACAAAACGGCGUCAUGAGUCUCGUAUGGUUGAACUGGAUAACGGACACCAGCAGGAGUUUGAGUGUAAACUGGCCGAGGCCCUGGCAGAGAUGAGGAACCAGCAUGAACUGCAGAUCAAGAUGUAUAAGGAUGAGAUCGAGAAAACAUACAACUCUAAGUUGGAAAAUGCUCGUCAGUCUGCAGACCGGAGCAGUCACCUGGUCGGAGCAGCACACGAAGAGCUCCAACAAACCCGGAUCCGCUUGGAGUCCACGUCAGCUCAGCUCAGCCAGCUGCAGAAACAGCUGGCAGCUCGAGAGGCGAAGAUAAGGGACCUGGAGGACGCCCUGUCCCGAGAACGAGACACCACACGACGUCUGCUGGGAGAGAAAGACAGAGAGAUGGCUGAGAUGAGGCAGCAGAUGCAGCAGCAGCUGGACGAGUACCAGGAACUGUUGGACGUCAAACUGGCCCUGGACAUGGAGAUCUGUGCCUACAGGAAACUACUGGAGGGAGAGGAGGAGAGGCUGCGUCUGUCCCCCAGCCCCCCUCCCACCAGAGUGUCUGCCAGUCGUACUUCUUCUGCCCACUCUCGGUCCGUCCACUGCAGCGCCCAGAGCUCGCCGGCCAAGAGGCGCCGACCUAACGACACCGACAGUGAGGCCUCCAGCUUCGCAGGCGGCGCCGUGGCCCGAACUCGCAUCACUCAGCAGGCGUCAGCCAGCGGACGGGUCACCGUGGACGAGGUGGAACUGGAUGGGAAGUACGUCCGACUCAGCAACAAAGCAGAUGAGGACCAAAAUUUGGGGAACUGGCAGCUGAAGCGUCAGGUCGGAUCAGGAGCAACCAUCACCUUCAAGUUUCCUGCUAAAUUCACCCUGAAGGCCGGACAGAGGGUGACGAUCUGGGCCUCUAAUGCUGGAGGAGUACACAACCCUCCAACUGACCUGGUGUGGAAGAACCAGCCCACCUGGGGGACCGGAGACCUGUUCCAGACCACUCUGAUCAGCGCCAAUGGGGAGGAAAUGGCAAUGAGGAAAGUCACUCGCACACAGUUUGAAGAAGAAGACGACGACAUGCAGGUGGCUCACAGUACUUGUGGUGACAGUGAGUACAACCUACGGAGUCGGACGGUGGUCUGUGGAUCCUGUGGACUUCCUUCAGAUAAAUCCAGUAACUGCUCUGUGUCCUCGGCCUCACGCUCGUUCCGCAGUGGAGGCAUCUCUGAGGGUUUACUGCCCCAGUCCUACGUGUUCAGCAGUAGCACACCACGCAAGACUGGAGCCAGAGUGGAGAACUGUCCGAUCAUGUGAACCCUUGGAUUUAUGUUAAAACAACCAAACUCUCCAUUAUUUUCAAUUAUUACUCGUUUAAUUACUAGUUGUAGUUAUUACAUUUGAUUAAAGUACUUUGGAAUAAUUUUUCAAGAUAUUACGAGGAAUAAAAAUGAAGUGAAUUUUACAUUGUAAAUAUGCAUGCUUAUGCAAUACAACAUUUUCUUUACUUUCAUGAUAUAAAUCACUUUUGUUUGUAUCAGUGAUCAAUAAAUUUGGGAUUUCAACCAGCCUUCAACUAGCAAAAAAAACCAUGAACCUACCAGCUGCUUCAACAGCCUUAAACCACUAUUUGGAGUUUAAUUUAUUCAAAAAUUUGUUUGCUUAAUUUGACAGUGUCACAAUGGCUGGUAGAUAAUCUUUUUUUUUUUAAAUUGUAUUUAUCGAUAAUUUGUGUUUUCAUUAUAGAAUCCAUAGACACAAGACCUUUGUGGUAACUCAACAUUUUGUUCCUGAACAUGGCUACAGCAUCCUAUGUACUAUUUCUGAUAUAUUAAUAAAGUUUUCUUAU